GGAGCGGCCCAAGAAAUAGCAACAACAACAACAACAAAAGACAAAAAAUAAAAAAUAAAUAAAAAUAAAAGUAUGUGAUGAAAACCUUAACUAUACCUGCAAUAAAAAGGUUUUGUGGAGAAUAUAAGCUGUAAGAGGUACCACUGAGCAGUAGCAUUCCAAAGCUCAGAUGGAUGCUCCAGAAUGGGAGGAGUAAAGAACAAAGCCUCAUCUUGGGACAUCCAGAUUUUCAAAGAGACCCAGUGAAGACAUCCAUUCAAGAAUCUGGGGCAUUUUUGCUUCAGCAUGUACCGGAAGAGAGAUAUAAGAUGCAGAGCAAGCCCCUAGGAAUCUGCCUGAUAAUUGAUUGCGUUGGCAAUGACACAGAUGUUCUUCGGGACACCUUCAGUUCCCUGGGCUAUGAAGUACAGUAUUUCUUGUAUCUGAAAGUGGAGCAAAUAAGCAAGAUUCUUCGCAAAGUUGCCCGUAUGCCCCAACACCAAGACUACGACAGUUUCGUGUGUGUCCUUGUGAGCCGAGGGGGCUCCCAGAGCGUGUUUGGCGUGGAUAAGACUCUCUCCGGGUUCCCUUUGGAUCAUAUCCGAAGGAUGUUCAUGGCAGAUGUAUGCCCUACUCUCUUAGGGAAGCCAAAGCUCUUUUUUAUUCAGAUCUAUGUGACAUCAGAGGGCCAGCUGGAGGACAGCAGCUUCCUGGAGGUGGACGGGCCAUCAGUGAAAAGUAUGGAUUCCAAGGCUAGGCAGCCAGGGACCUGCACAGUUCACCGAGAAGCUGACUUCUUCUGGAGCCUGUGCAAAGCCGAUGUGUCCCUGUUGGAGCGGCCCUCCAGCUCAUCGUCAGUGUACCUGCAGUGCCUCUCCCAGAAGCUGGGAAAAGAAAGAAAAGUCUCACUCCUGGAACUCCACGUUGACCUCAACAGCAAAGUAUAUGAUUGGAACAGCAGAGUGUCUGCUAAGGAGAGGUACUACGUCAGGCUACAGCACACUCUGAGAAAGAAAGUCAUCCUCUCUUGCAAAUGAAGAGCCAAAGGCCCCUCUUAGCCCUGCAGUCUCUAUUAUUGGCCAGAGAGUAGUGUCCAAGCCAGGGUGUGUGUGUGUGUGUGUGUGUGUGUGUGUGUGAGAGAGAGAGAGAGAGAGAGUGAGUAUGAGGUGGGUGAGGCAAAGUCUGGGCUGGUGCUAAAAUGACCAUCUCUGAGGAAUGCCAGAUGGGAAGAAGUGUUUGAACCAGAGCCUCUGAGGUGAAGGUCUUGGUCUCUAUUGCUGAAAUAGCCAGGUCAUUGUUGGGAAGGAAACAGCUUUGAAAUGUCAAAACUGAGUACUGUGGGAGUUACCGUCGUGGCUCAAUGGUAAACGAAUGCGACUAGGAACCAUGGGGUUGCGGGUUCGAUCCCUGGCCUUGCUCAGUGGGUUAAGGAUCCGGGGUUGCUGUGAGCUCUGGUGUAGGUUGCAGACGCAGCUUGGAUCCCGAGUUGCUGUGGCUCUGGCGUAGGCUGGCAGCUGUAGCUCUGAUUCGACCCCUAGUCUGGGAACCUCCAUAUGCCGAGGGAGCAGCCCAAGAAGUGGCAAAAAGACAAAAAACAAAACAAAACUGAGCUCUAUGGCAUUCCCUCUGUGGCUCAGCGGAAUUGAUUCUGACCAGUAUCCAUGAGGACACAGGUUCGAUCCCUGGCCUUACUCAGUGGGUUAAAGAUCCGGCGUUGCCGUGAGCUGUGGUGUAGGUUGCAGACUCAGCCCAGAUCUGGCGUUCCUGUGGCUCUGAUGUAGGCUGACAGCUAUGGCUCCGAUUAGACCCCUAGCCUGGGAACCUCCAUAUGCCGCUGGUGCAGCCCUAGAAAAGACAAAAAGACCAAAAAAAAAAAAAAAGAAAAAGAAAAAGAUACACAGCAAUGGAGUCAAACCAUAACUAGCACUUGCAGUCUUACCUUAUUUAUAAAGUUGGUUUUAUGUGGUAUGUGUCUCAAUGUGUAUAUCUGUGUGUUUUGACAUGUUCACUCAACACAGACUGAAAAGUAUGAAAUGAAUAGUUUUCAGAUGCUUUGUACACUUAUUUCUACCUUUAGCAAAGGUAAUUUUGACCUUCAUGUGUUAAUAACUCCUGGGGAAAUGGGUCUCCUGAAGAUGCCUUUCUUUACUGGGAGUACCAGCUGGAAUCACUUGUAUGCUUGACCUCAUGAUCCAGAACCUUGCAUUAACUAUUACAGGGGGGAGCUGUUUGAGGGGAGUCUUAAUAACUAAGGUAACAUUUGCAUCCUUCUUAGAUCUUAUCUAAGAUCAAGAGUAGAGAGUCUAUGCCUCAGGCAUGAGAUUUAAGACUUAGUGUAUGGAGUUCACGUAGUGGCUCAGCGGGAUUGAUCCCUGGCCUUGCUCAGUGGGUUAAGGAUCCGGCAUUGCUGUGAGCUGUGGUAUAGGUUACAGACACGGCUCAAAUCAGUGGCUGUGGUGGUGGCUGUGGUGCAGGCCUGCGGCUACUGCUCAGAUUCAGCCCCUAGGCUGGAAAUCUCCAUAUGCGUUGGGUGUGGCGGUUAAAAAAAAAAAGCUGGUGUGCCUUUCAAGGGGACUUGAUCCCAUCAUCUACUUGGAUGAGCUGUUUUUAUAGUUAGACUUUACCCAUUGCUUCAGACCUGACCUACAAAUUACUAAAAUUAUUGACUUUGGCUAUCAGAUAUGCUUUGAUGUUUUUUUUGUGACCUAGAUUCCCCUGUGUAUUCGUGUUGUAACCUAAUGCCUACUGAUAUUUUAAAACAAAAAGUAGUCAUGUAGAGUCUUGUGUUGUAUCGAGGUCUGAAGUUUGAAAAUCUUUCAUAGUCACAUGUGUCUUCUUAGCUCUAGAAGGUUGACUAUUGUAUCAUUCACAAUGUUUUAGAUGAAAGUAUUAUCUCAAUGAUCCUACCUUUCCAGGCCUGUCCUCUUCCAGCAGAGAGGCUCACAUGGCCACAUAGUUCUCCAUAGCCUAUCCAACCAGUGCGGUGAAAAUCCAAACUUGUCCAGUCACCAUGUUUUCUUUCUUUCCCUUCCCUUUUUAUUUAUUUACUGAUUUUUCUUUUUCUCUUUUCCCCUUCCCUUUUUAAGAGCGAUUAUUUGUAAUAAACAAAGUCAUACUGUAUGGGACAGAGAACUGUAUUCAACACCCUAUGAUAAACCCUAGGGAGAAAUAAUGUGAAAAAGAAUAUACAAGUGAGUCAUUUUGCUGUACACCAAACAUUAACAAAACAUUUAAAUCAGCUCCACUUCAAUAAGGUUUAAAAGAAAAAAUUUUAAAAGCAAUUAUUUAUUAGGUGAAACUGUGUUGUCUGUUUACUUUUGUCACUUUUCUGUCUUUGGAUCACAUUAUUUUUAUUAAUGCCUCUCAUCAGUCAGCCCACGGGUCCCAGGGAGAGAAAGCGAAGUGUUUGCUUGACCGGCAAGGGAAAUGGGGCAGAGUGAAAAGGGACUUUGAUUGCAGGCCCAGGCUGAAAAAAUGGGAGGAAUAGGCCCUUUCCUUUCCUUGCCUAUAUACAGAGUUGUUCUGAGAGGGAACUGAGAGGGCUUUUAUGACCGUACCCAGUGAGAGAGUUCUUAUGACUGCUCUGGCGAUGCUGUGCAACCAUAGCGGUUAUUAUCAUAGCACAUCACGGGGGAGGUAUUUUGAAAAGAUUUGAACUGAACCAUGAAAAUUGGUUGGAUUUUAGCAGGUUGAGGUGGAGAAGCGAAUGUAUUGCAGGAGAAGAAACACAUCGAAGGAAGGUGUAGAUAGGGGAAGUGCAAGGCAUGUUUGAGAACCCUGGACUGUAACGUUGAGCUGGGGUGGAGAGAAUGCGAGCGAUGGUGAGUGAUGAGCCAGGAGGUGGAGGUGGGGAAUGUGUGAAAAGCCCUAAAGGCCCCCAUCUUUGUCUUUAAGUCAGGCUCUUGUAUGUUUAAGUUAUUCUUCUGACUUUAUUUAUUUUUAUUUUUUAUGUUUUUGCUUUUUAGGGCUGCAUCUGUGGCAUACGGAGGUUCCCAGGCUAGGGGUCAAAUAGGAGCUAUAGCUGCCGGCCUACGCCGCAGCCACAGCCACAUGGGAUCCAAACUUCAUUUGCUCAUGGCAACAUCGGAUCCUUAACCCACCGAGCAAGGCCAGGGAUCAAACUCACAUUCUCAUGGAUCCUAGUCAGGUUCGUUAACCUCUGAGGUAGCAAGGGAACUCCUAUUUUUCUCUCUAAUAGUGGAGUCUACAACUACUUCUUUGGCACUUUUGUAUAUGAGCAUUUAGUUACAAAAUGCCUUUCUUAUUUUUUUUCAUUGAGUAUAGUUUUUAAAUGAAAUACUUUAGGUAUAUUAAAAAAAACUAUACUGGAGUUCCCGUCGUGGCGCAGUGGUUAACGAAUCCGACUAGGAACCAUGAGGUUGCGAGUUCGGUCCCUGCCCUUGCUCAGUGGGUUAACGAUCCGGCGUUGCCGUGAGCUGUGGUGUAGGUUGCAGAUGCGGCUCAGAUCCCGCGUUGCUGUGGCUCUGGCGUAGAUGGGCAGCUACAGCUCCGAUUCAACCCCUAGCCUGGGAACUUCCAUAUGCCGCUGGAGCGGCCCAAGAAAUAGCAACAACAACAACAACCACAAAAGACAAAAGAUAAAAAAAAAAAACAAAAAAACUAUACUGAAGUUCCCAUGUGAUGCAGUGGGUUAAGGAUCUAGCAUUGUCUCUGUGGUGGUGUGAGUUCAGUCCCUGGCCUGGUGCAGUGGGUUAAGGAUCUGGCAUUGCCGAAGCUGUGGUAUAGAUUACAGCUUCGGCUCAUUUUUUGUCUCUGGCCCAGGAAUUUCCACAUGCUGCAGGCACGGCCAAAAAAAUUUUUUAAAUUAAGAAAAAAAUCUAUGUGAAGAUUGUGAAGAUUUUACUGUAAGUAAUAGUCCUAAAUAUAAAAGAGAUAAAAUGUAUGAAAGUAUUUCAAACUUUAUAAAAGCCCCCAACUGAGAACUGAUCUAGUGUUCAGGAAUAGGAGUUUGGUUAUGAUGAGAUGUCCACUGCUUGGAAUUUCCUGUAACUAUUAAAAUUACAUAUACAGGAGUUCCCGUCGUGGCUCAGUGGAUAAUGAAUCCAACUAGGAACCAUGAGGUUGCAGGUUCGAUCCCUGGCUUUGCUCAGUGGGUUAAGGAUCCGGCAUUGCGGUGGCUGUGGUGUAGGCUGGUGGCUACAGCUCCUAUUAGACCCCUAGCCUGGGAACCUCCAUAUGCCGUGGGAACAGCCCUAAAAAGACAAAAAAUAAAAUAAAACAAAAUAUGUUGAGAGACGUGUUUUUAUAAUAUUUUCUUAGCCUCUUUGCCGAAAACUCCAUCUUGUCCUUCCUUACUUUGUCCCGUCAAGGUGAUGGUAAAUGACUUGAGGAUUCUCUGAAAUGCUCUGCUUAGAUAGCUAACUCAAAUGCUAAUGAUCUUAAAUGCCUAAAGUUUAGGGUUAAAGUUUAACCAUCUACCAGCUAAGUGACUUUUAAAAUAACAAAAGAACUUAUAAAAUAAUUAAAAAAAAAACCCUAUAUCCUGCACCUACAACCUCCUUUUCGCUUGACAUAAUCCUCAGGAGCACAAUAAAAGCAGUGUGGUUUCUUGAGGCAGGGCUCUUGGUCCCUGAGACCUCGAGUCCCCGGGUUCCCACCUUUACUUAAGAUAAAUGUCUCUGUGUCUUGUUUUAUGUCAACUUUUUUUCCUUAAGUUCUGUAGCACCCGUUCUUCAGCCCCAUCCUGCUGAGCUGGUCUCGGCAAAGGUAAAAUAAAAUUACAUGUACACAUAUUAAAAGCUUACAUAAACUGUUUGUAGCUCAUUACAUGAAUUAUCUCAUUGAAUCCUCAAAACAGCUCUAUAAGGUAGGUAUUAUCGUCCUUGUUAUUAUUUCUUCCCAUUUUGUAGGUGAGGAAAGUGAGCAAAGUGAUAGCGAGGAGCUAACCCAUAGUCACCCCACCUUAGGAUAUGAACACGAGCUGUAAAAUGGCCUUUAUGUUUUAUUUUUUUGACUUAAUGUUGUGUUAAUCUCAAGUGUACAGCAAAGUAAAUUAGUUAUACAUUUGUGCAUAUCUGUUCUUUUUCAGUCUUUUCCCAUACAGAUUUUCCUAUGCUGUGCCAUAAGUCCUUGUUAUUUAUUUAUUUUAUAUGUGUAGUAUUGUGUAUAUUUUAAUUACAAGCUCCUAAUUUAUCCCUUCCCCCAUUGGACAAUUUUAUAACAAUAAAUGUGAUUUCAAAAUC